AGUCACUCCCUGGCAAACGGUCGCACUAAUUACGCAGAGAAAAAAAAAGCUAACAAUUUUUUCUGUGCCCGAAAACUAAUAAUUUAAAAGUUCGCAGCGAGGAGCAGCAGCCACGAUGACCGAUUCCAAGUACUUCACCACCACCAAGAAGGGCGAGAUCUUCGAGCUGAAGUCGGAGCUGAACAAUGACAAGAAGGAGAAGAAGAAGGAGGCGGUGAAGAAGGUUAUCGCUAGCAUGACCGUGGGUAAGGAUGUCUCCGCCCUCUUUCCCGAUGUGGUCAACUGCAUGCAGACUGACAACCUGGAGCUGAAGAAAUUGGUCUACCUCUACCUGAUGAACUACGCCAAGUCACAGCCAGACAUGGCCAUCAUGGCGGUGAACACGUUCGUAAAGGACUGCGAGGAUUCGAAUCCAUUAAUUCGGGCGUUGGCCGUGCGCACCAUGGGCUGCAUCAGGGUGGACAAAAUUACCGAGUACCUAUGCGAGCCGCUGCGGAAAUGCCUCAAGGACGAGGAUCCGUAUGUGCGCAAAACAGCCGCCGUGUGCGUGGCCAAGCUGUACGACAUCUCGGCUACAAUGGUGGAGGAUCAAGGCUUCUUGGAUCAACUGAAGGAUCUACUGUCUGACUCGAAUCCCAUGGUGGUGGCAAACGCCGUGGCAGCGCUUAGCGAGAUCAACGAAGCUAGCCAGUCUGGCCAGCCGCUCGUGGAAAUGAAUUCGGUGACCAUUAACAAGCUACUGACGGCCCUGAACGAAUGCACGGAAUGGGGACAGGUCUUCAUUCUGGACUCACUGGCCAACUACAGCCCGAAGGAUGAGCGCGAGGCGCAGUCCAUCUGCGAGCGAAUCACACCUCGUCUGGCCCACGCCAAUGCCGCCGUUGUUCUAAGUGCCGUUAAGGUGCUGAUGAAGCUUCUCGAAAUGCUGUCUAGCGACAGCGACUUCUGCGCCACACUCACUAAAAAGCUGGCUCCCCCACUGGUCACGCUGCUCUCUUCGGAGCCGGAGGUUCAGUAUGUGGCGCUGCGUAACAUCAACCUAAUUGUUCAGAAGCGGCCGGACAUCCUUAAGCACGAAAUGAAAGUAUUCUUUGUCAAGUACAAUGAUCCCAUUUACGUCAAACUGGAGAAGCUGGACAUCAUGAUCCGCCUGGCCAACCAAAGCAACAUCGCUCAGGUGCUCAGCGAGCUAAAGGAGUAUGCCACCGAGGUGGAUGUAGACUUUGUCCGUAAGGCGGUGCGUGCCAUCGGACGAUGCGCUAUCAAGGUUGAGCCUUCGGCAGAACGUUGCGUCUCUACGCUUCUGGAUCUUAUCCAGACUAAGGUCAACUACGUGGUGCAGGAGGCCAUCGUUGUUAUCAAGGAUAUCUUCCGCAAGUACCCCAAUAAGUAUGAGAGCAUUAUCAGCACGCUCUGUGAGAACCUAGACACCCUGGACGAACCGGAGGCACGCGCAUCUAUGGUUUGGAUCAUUGGCGAGUACGCGGAGCGCAUUGACAACGCCGACGAGCUGCUCGAUAGCUUCCUUGAAGGUUUCCAGGAUGAGAACGCACAGGUGCAAUUGCAGCUCCUCACUGCCGUUGUCAAGUUGUUCCUCAAGCGUCCAUCUGACACCCAGGAGCUAGUGCAGCAUGUACUCUCGCUGGCUACCCAAGAUUCGGACAACCCUGAUCUGCGUGACCGUGGCUUCAUAUACUGGCGUCUCCUGUCCACAGAUCCAGCCGCUGCUAAGGAGGUAGUGCUGGCCGACAAACCACUUAUCUCAGAAGAGACAGAUCUUUUGGAGCCAACGCUGCUGGACGAGCUCAUCUGCCACAUUAGCUCGCUGGCUAGCGUGUACCACAAGCCCCCAACUGCCUUCGUGGAGGGUCGCGGGGCGGGAGUGCGCAAGUCGCUGCCCAACCGUGCUGCCGGAGCUGGAGCUGGUGGUGAACAACCCGAAAGCGGAGCCGGAUCAGAGGCCAUGGUCAUUCCCAACCAGGAAUCACUUAUUGGCGAUCUUCUCUCCAUGGAUAUCAACGCACCUGCAAUGCCAUCCGCUCCGGCGGCCACCAGCAAUGUUGACCUUCUGGGUGGCGGCCUAGAUAUCCUUCUUGGUGGCCCACCUGCAGAAGCGGCUCCCGGUGGAGCAUCCAGCCUACUAGGCGACAUUUUCGGUCUGGGCGGUGCCUCGUUAUCAGUCGGCGUGCAAAUCCCCAAGGUCACAUGGCUGCCAGCAGAAAAAGGCAAAGGUCUGGAGAUACAGGGUACCUUCUCGCGACGAAAUGGCGAGGUGUUUAUGGACAUGACCCUUACCAACAAGGCUAUGCAACCAAUGACCAACUUCGCCAUUCAACUGAAUAAGAACAGCUUUGGUCUGGUGCCUUCCUCACCCAUGCAGGCUGCUCCCCUUCCACCCAACCAGUCCAUCGAGGUGAGCAUGGCGCUGGGCACCAACGGACCCAUUCAGCGUAUGGAGCCGCUCAACAACUUGCAAGUGGCUGUCAAGAAUAACAUCGACAUAUUCUACUUCGCCUGUCUGGUGCACGGCAAUGUGCUGUUCGCCGAAGACGGUCAGCUAGACAAGCGCGUAUUCCUCAACACCUGGAAGGAGAUCCCUGCCGCCAAUGAACUGCAGUACAGCCUAAGCGGUGUCAUUGGCACCACUGACGGUAUCGCCUCCAAGAUGACCACCAACAAUAUCUUCACCAUUGCCAAGCGCAAUGUUGAGGGCCAGGACAUGCUCUAUCAGUCACUCAAGCUAACCAACAGCAUUUGGGUGCUUCUGGAGCUUAAACUGCAGCCAGGUAACCCUGAUGCCACACUCAGCCUCAAAUCACGGUCCGUGGAGGUGGCCAACAUAAUCUUUGCCGCCUACGAGGCCAUCAUCCGUUCCCCAUAAGCGUUCCACGGAGAUCGUCGGAUGGUUGACGAGGAGCACAAAGCAAUCGGAGCGAUCAAUUUAUGAGGGAACCAAGUUGGAUGUUCUCUGCGGAUGUUGAAGAUUAGCUCAACAAUAAGUUGUAAUUUACGUAUUAUUAUUAUAUAUUGUGUAUUGGCGACUUAGCCACUUACAUACAUUAUUUAUGCAUAAUGCACACAUAUAAACCAAUCAAGUUUGUCGAGAGAACUGUUAAUUGUUAAUCGGAGCUGCAUGUCCUCAAUGUACUGUAACGUAUGACCGUGGUGUAAGCUGCGCGUAAGCUAACGUUGCGUAAUCGCAUUCCAAAACUCUGUAAUCCCAUAUGCACGGCAUCUAUGUAUAUGUUCGUGUUCUAGUAAAAUGUAUGACAUAACACACUAAA